UCGGUGUUAGGGUUUUGCAGGGGAUGUCCGGCACAGCAAAGGAAGGCGGUACCACCCGCCAGGUGACAGACAUGCAGCUGGUCGCCGCCAUUCCGAAUUCUGUGGGCGCUGUAGUCGCCAAGGCUGGAACAGGCGACGGAUCCAUUGUUGAGUACGGGAAAGGCGCGGGGGGUGGCAGCGUGCUUAGAGAGGAGGAGGAGGAUCUGGAAGUGAAGCUUCGCCGAAUCAUUGAGAACGUACCCGUCCGUGUUAGCAACACCUCCGGAAGCUCCGCUGGUUCCGGCUCCGGCGAUUUCCAUCAGUAUCGCCAAAUGAGGAGAAAGGAGCAAGAUCGAUUGAUGAGAAUGGAUGUUGACUACCAAAGAAGGAAGGAGUUGGCUGAGUUCAAUAUGAGGAGAGAAGAAAGAUUGAAGGCCGCUGAGGAAAGAACAUCAAAGAAGCGAGCUAAACGGCAGAAGAAGAAGCUUAAAAGGAAAGAAAAAAGAAAUAAGACAGAUAAUGGGGAGGAACAUCAUCAGCAUCAAGAUGGGUCCUCAGGGAGUGAGGAUUCAGAUGAUCCAGAUGCAGAGUAUAGGAAGUGAGUUUUCUAUUAUUUUAACUGCAACGGAUUGAUCUUUCUUCCAAAAUGGGAAUGCGUACCAUUCUGUUAAAUGGAUUUCUUCUUUUGGUCCCCAUUUUGAUUGGGGUGGUAGAGAUUUCCUGGGAAUGUAAUCAUUUGAAAGAGCCCUUCUACUCGAUGGUAACCAUGCUGGGGUCAAUUUUAGGCGACUGUAUAAUGUGAAUGUGGAAAUGGAAAGACUAUUCUUGAUGCCAGGAGUGUAUAAUAGCUUGAUAUAGUUGAUAAUUGUUUGUA